UUUCCACUGCAGUACAUGUGAGCAACACACUCACCAUUUCUUCUUUCCCUUGUACAUUUACUCACAGCAUUACGAUGAACAAGCCCAAAAUUGUUAGACCAGAGGAAAGCCAGCCUGCACAUGCAGUGUGGUUUGAUAGGAAAAAAUAUGUCACCAUUAACUUCAAGGUACAAAAACCAAAAGAUGUCCAAGUUGAUAUUCAAACCGACAAAAUGAUUUUGUGCUGCAAGAACGACACAGAUGAUGUGUUCUACAAUGUGCUGCACUUCUAUGAGAAAGUCCUGAUCCAUGACUCCAGAGAAAGAGUGUAUGACCGCACGAUCAAUGUUUUGCUCAGGAAGCUGAAGCCGGAUUAUGCGUGGCCUCGUCUUCAGAAGGAUCCAGCAAAGCCCAUUUGGAUUGCUGUUGACUUUGACAACUGGAGGGAUUGGGAGCAUGAAGAAGACGAGGGCAGGGAGGAGUUCGAAAAAUACGCAGACAUGAUCCAAGAUAUGUCCAGCAGUAAUAAGGGAGGAACACCGGACAUGGGAGAUCUGAGUGACUCUGACUGACACUAAAGCCCACCUCCCUCUACACCAGUAUUUUUAAAAUGUGCUGCGGGUUGCUGAAAACUUAGCUGCAGUCUGCAAAAGACCCCUGGACCAUACCUUGGACACCCCUGCUAUACACCUUUAUUGUUCAUAUAAAUACGUAUGUACUGUUUAUUGAUAUUUAUGAGUGGUGUUCUUUUUACAAAUGUGCUUUCCCACCAAUGUGAUUGUUCUGUCAAAUGAAUAAAAACAAGUGUUCUCAA